AUGGACGACGGAAGGGCCAGUAGGGACGACGAGAAAGACUUCACUUCGAUGAAGGAAAAGAUUCACCAGGUGCAUGUCCUGGGCAAGCGAGCCAACAGUGGCUUCAAGCGAGAAGCUUGGCAUGCCGCAAGAACGAAACUCAACUCCGACCACGCUGUCAGCUACACGAAAGAACAAAUUGUGAAGACGUCCGGUAUUGGGUUCGAGGCGGCAACGUGCCGGUUCAUUUGCUUGGACGGGUCGUGGGCGCAUUUUUUGCGCGACAAGCCGACGAGAUGGAGUCUUUGGCAGACGAAACGCGAAUUUGCCUCGACAUCAACCGCCCCCACUUCCCCGAACCGAGAUGGCGAUUUGGAAUCUGACGAUGGCGAUGACAUUGUCGGCAAAGUCCAAGACUUCUUAGCGAGCGAAAACGAAGGAAGUGAAUCAACGGACGGGUCUGUUGCUGUUGGCCACUCCAACGUGGACAGAAAGAGGACUGUUCAAACACCCAGUGCAAAGGCAAAGCGCAUCCGCCUGACUUUGUCAUCGUCUAUGGUCGAUGAGAUCCGUGGCUUCCGAGAAUCCGGUCGCGAGGAACUGAACGUGGUCCGUGGCAUGCUCGCUAUGGACGUUGAGCGGCCAACAGUAGAAGCGCUAGCCAUUGACCUCCUGCAUGAAGCAUUCGACGACGACAUCUUGCUGGAAGAAGAACUCUCCUUUGCCUAUGAGGUUCUGGAGUGCAAGGCGAAGGCAGCUCAAUCUGUCCGUAUGAAGGACAUGCGAGAGAAGUCUGGCUGCGUCGACAGAUUGCCGUGA